GAUGGAUGGAUGGAUGGAUGGAUGGAUGGAUGGAUGGAGAAGAGACAUUUAAACACACACACAUGCAUGUGGGGAGGAAUGGAUGGGGAGGCAGAAGGGCUGGAUUGUUAGAAAUGGAUGGACAGAUGGAUGGACAGCCUGUCCACAUGCCCACGAGGCAGGCUGCAGGGGUUUCUGGUUCCUCUUGCAGCUCUACGACAUGUUUCCAGGCAUCAUGAAUUACCUGCCUGGCCCCCAGCAUAAGGCCUUGAAGCUGCUGGCAGGGCUGGAGAAGUACAUGGAGAAGAAGGUGAAGGCCAAUGAGGAGACCCUGGACCCCAACUCCCCACGGGAUUUCAUUGACUGCUUCCUCAUCAAGAUGCACCAGGUGCUGGGCGGGGGUGUAUCAGGACUCCUCUCUGCUGCCUGCCCUCAACAGGAAAAGCACAACCCAUCCUCUGAGUUCAUCAUGAAAAACAUUGUCCUGACGGCCGUCAACGUGUUCUUUGCUGGGACGGAGACAGUCAGCACCACCCUGCGCUACAGCUUCCUCAUCCUGCUCAAGCACCCGGAGAUCGAAGAAAAGAUCCACGAGGAGAUUGACCGGGUGAUCGGCAGGAACCGCAGUCCCCGGAUCGAGGACCGGAGCCGCAUGCCCUACACGGACGCUGUCAUCCACGAGUGCCAGAGGUUCUGUGACAUCCUCCCCUUGGGGGUGUCCCGCCGGACAACCACGCAGACCCACUUCCGUGGCUACACCAUCCCCCAGGGCACCGAGGUGUUUGCACUGCUGGGCUCGGUGCUGAAGGACCCCGAGCACUUUGAGAGACCCGAAGCCUUCGACCCCGGGCACUUCCUGGAUGACAAGGGGCAAUUCAAGAAGAACGAGGCCUUUAUGCCCUUCUCCAUUGGGAAGCGGUUCUGUUUCGGUGAGAUGCUGGCUCGCAUGGAGCUCUUCCUCUUCGUCACCAGCAUCCUGCAGCACUUCCGCUUCGAGUCUCCCAUCGACCGCCAGGACCUCGACAUCUCCCCGAAGCUGGUGGGCUUUGUCAGCCUGCCCUGCAGCUACCGGAUCUGCCUCAUCCCACGCUGGGGGGGGGUCUCAGAGUAGAUGGGACAUUGGUGCGGGGUACAGGGGAGGAAGAUGGGGAGCACAUGCAGAACCCUGGGAUGGUCUGUCAUGAGAGCUCAUCCCCUCAGUCCUCCCUCCAACCCCACUUGUCACGGCUCAGGCACUGGCACAUCCCCAGCUCCUUUCCCUUCCCUCUGCUAUGGCCUUUCACAUUUGUGCAUGAAUUAUGGCAAGUGGGAACGGUGGAGUGAGAUGAGCUGGUUUUGGGGUUGCCAAUGAAAGGGUUGUGUUGAAAUCCCAUCUUUGUAGGGGGGCAGUCUUGUUGUCACCUCUGGGGUCCAUCAUUGAAACCAAUGGUUCUGGCUUAUGUAUGGGGGUUUCUCUCCAAUAAAAGCCUCUCGCCCCUUUG